AGCUGAGGAGGAGACAUUCGUCCUGCAGCUUUACACUGUUCAUCACAGGUUUUCUUUACUCCAAUUUCUUUAGAGAAAGCUCUGCAGAGAUGGUCAUGAGGAGUCUGGUGUUUCUGCUGCUGCUGGCUGUGAGCAGCGCCAAAGUGUUUGAGCGCUGCGAAUGGGCCCGAGUGUUGAAGAGUCAUGGGAUGGACGGAUACCGAGGCGUCAGCCUGGCUGACUGGGUUUGCCUGUCUCAGUGGGAGUCCAGCUAUAACACCAACAUCGUCCACCCCAACCACGAUGGCUCCACAGACUAUGGCAUCUUCCAGAUCAACAGCCGCUAUUGGUGCCUGGAGCAAGGCUCAACUUCUCACAAUGGCUGCAACAUCUUCUGCACUGAGCUUCUGAGUGACAAUGUUGACGUGGCGAUCACCUGUGCCAAGCGUGUGGUGAGGGAUCCUAAUGGCAUCAGUGCCUGGGUGGGCUGGAAAAAUAACUGCAAGAACCGCGAUCUGAGCUCCUAUCUGGCCGGCUGUGGUCUGUGAUGAGCUCCUGGAGUCCCAGCAUCCUCUGCUGCAGUUCAACAACUUCUUAGUGCUUCUUUCUUAUAUGAUCUGACAAAUGUUUAACAGAGUGAUGUCCUGCAGUUAAUGAAGAUCAUUUUAAAAGUAGUGUCAAAUUAAGUCCUGUUAAUAAUUUGCAAAUUUUACACCAAUGUCCUUCCUUUCUUGAAAAACAAAAAGUCAGUUUCUGCUGAAUCAAAUAAAUAGUCAACCAAU